GCAUGGAAAGGGAGACGUGACAUUCUGGGGAAGGAGCUGCUGAGAAGAGCUGAGGGGCUGGCAGAAGAACUGAGAUGUGUUCUAAGUCCACAAAAGCACCACUUUGCUUCUACCUGAGAAUUAUUCCUUCUGAGCUAGGUGGCUUAAGCUCUGAUCCCUGGACCAUAUAUUCCCCUAAAGAAGGUUUCAGCUAGACUAAGAAUAACUCCCUGCCUCAGACGGAGAGAAUAGGCAGGUGUAACUUGCGAACACCUUUUUAUUACGGCGACUCAGGAUUUGACAGAAACCACCUGGCAAGCUCAGGCUCCUUACCUCCACCUUCUGCUGUUAAGAAUCCCCAGGGAGAACACACCUCCUCCCUCUGCUUUGUGUCUGAGAGCUCUUGCAGUCAGGACUCUUGAGAUGACCAUGAGGUCCAUGCUCUUGCUGAUUGUGACUGGUGCCAUUUCACUUGUGAUUGAAGGCAUAGAAGGAUCAGAGGAUACAUUACAUUUUGUCUACCUGAAUUCCACUUAUCAAUCGUGUAUGGGGACCCUGAUUGCCCCUCAGUGGAUCCUGACAGCAGCACACUGCUUCUUACCAAAUCUCCAGAUUAUCUUUCGUGGUGGCUCCCGAAAAUUUGAAGAAUUUACUGGGGAGAUUUUAUCAUAUGAGAAGAUUAUCACACACCCAAACUUUACUGCCACUUCCCCUAACAAUGACCUUAUGCUGAUAAAAUUGUCUACAUCUUCCAUCUACUUCUCCACCAAGAAUCUUCAGCUGCCUACUUCUAUAGCAAACAAAGUCAAAUAUUGUUUGGCUUAUACCUGGCUAGGAGUGGCAGACAGCGAUCUAUACAACAUUGAGAUUAUAUUGAACGCACGCUCAGCCUGUGAAUUAUUGCUCCUUGACCACUUCCAGAAAGACAUGUUCUGUGUGGGAUACCAGCUAGGAGGCAGUGAAAACUGUCAGGUGGUCUCAGCUAUACCAGUCGUAUGUGAUGGUGAAGUACAGGGAAUUUUGUCUUGGACAACCGGAUGUCUCCUGUUAGAAUACGUUAAUGUCUUCACUGAUGUUUACAACUAUGUUCCAUGGAUUGAGAAGGUUAUUUCUACACAGUAAUCUGGAAGAGAGGUGUACUGACACCCUCCCCUUCAGCCUGGUCCAUGGUAAACACAUCAUGUGAUACAACCCUAUGCUUUCCUUGGAUCUAGGCUUGAGUGAAAUUUCCAAAGAUAGAUUGCCUAUGA